AUGGGGGCACUGUGGCUAGAGGGCUGGGGUAGGAGGCCCCAGGGGAAGGGCUGCCUCCUGCUGGCUGUGGCAGGAGCCACUUCCCUGGUGACCCUGCUGCUGGCUGUGCCUAUCACUGUCUUGGCUGUGAGGGCCUUGGUGCCCCAGGAGCCAGGAGGAGGACUGGUAACCAGGACCGCUGACCCGGGGAUGCAAGCCCAGGCCCAGCAGCGAUUGGGGUCACAGGAGCUGCCAGAGGAGGAAGCAGAAGCAGAUUUCAGUUCCAGGCUCCCCGCCGCCCACCUCAUAGGCGCCUGGACCAAGGGGCAGGGCCUCGGCUGGGAGGCGAAGAAAGAGGAGGCGUUUCUGAGGAGCGGGACGCUGUUCUCGGGCGCCGAGGGGCUGGCGCUCCCCCGGGACGGCCUCUACUACCUCUACUGUCACGUCGGCUACCGGGGCCGGGCGCCCCCUGCCGGCCGGGGCCCGCCCGAGCCCCCGGUGACGCUGCGCAGCCGCCUGUUCCGCGCGGGGGGCGCCUACGGGCCCGGGUCUCCCGAGCUGCUGCUGGAGGGCGCGGAGACCGUCACCCCGGCCCCCGGCCCGGCCCGGGCGCGCGAGUACGGGCCGCUCUGGUACACGAGCGUGGGCUUCGGCGGCCUGGUACAGCUCCGCAGGGGCGAGCGCGUGUACGUCAACAUCAGUCACCCCGAUAUGGUGGACUACCGCCGGGGGAAGACCUUCUUCGGGGCGGUGAUGGUGGGCUGAGGCCGGGGAAGUGUAGGGGCCCGUCUGGAAUCUGCGGGCGAGCCCCAAGAGAAUAAAGUCCGUAA